AGCAGGUUCCCGAUAACAAGGAAAGAACAGAAAACUGUUCGACAGAACAUUUAACAUCCGCGUCACUUCCCUGUCAGACAGAGUCGGUGUCUGCAGUGUAUCGCCAUGUUGGGGGGAACGGGGCCGGAGUGGUUGUCUGAGGAGGUGAAGACCGGGACGACCAUCAUUGCCAUAGAGUUUAAUGGAGGGGUCGUCCUGGGGUCAGACUCCCGAGUUUCUGCAGGAGCCACAGUGGUGAACAGGGUGAUGAACAAACUGUCUCCUCUUCAUGAUAAGAUCUACUGUGCUCUGUCAGGCUCUGCAGCAGAUGCUCAGACCAUCGCUGAGAUAGUGAACUACCAGCUAGAUGUGCACAGGUAAAGUCCCAGUGACAGCAGACCGAUCAACAUGGGUACCUCAGUAUCACAGUGGCCAAGUAAAGCUCUGAAUAGUGAGGA